AUGUACAAAAAUGCAUUUGAAAGCAUACCCAGGAUACUUGAACGUAAUAGCUUCCACAUUUUCAGUGGUUUUAUAAUGGUCGUUACAUUUAUUUUGAGAGGACCACGAAUGCGUCUACUUCAAACUUUAUUAGAGGUCUCUUCAAGAUUGCCCCAGGAAUCAUAUCAGAAUCUAUCUAGACUGAUCCAUGCCAAGGACAUUUUUGGACUCUUUUUUCUAUUCGUGCAUGGGUCGAUAUUUUAUUAUAGAAUGCAAUUUGUUGCUGUUUUACGCAAGAUUUUCAUACUAUACUCCGUUUUGCUAGUGUUUCAAAUGGAUAUGCUAUACGUGAAUUGUGUUUGCAUAUUAAAAGCUUGUUUCAAGCAAAUCAAUGACAAUCUGGCAAAUCUGCGAAAACUGACGGCAAAUAGUGAGCUGUAUCUCUUGAGGGGAACCCAUCACGAGCAGAAGAAUCCAUUUCUAUUGGUAAAACUUAAAGUUGUGAAAAAGCAGCAUUUGGCAAUCAGUAACACAGCGCAGAUGCUAAAAACGAUCUUCAGUUUGCAGCUUCUUUCUACAAUAGUUGUGACUUUUACGCAAAUCAUUUUCAACCUAUACUUUUACUUAGUGCGAGUACAAGUUGGUGUGCCUUUGAGUAAUCUAGAAAAACAGCUCUAUUACGAAUUAUUUAUAACAUCUGUAACAUAUUACUUUACGAAAGUGUUGUUGAUAGUAUGGGCUUGCGAAACCGGCAAAAAUCAAGCCUUAGAGAUUAAUACAACCGUUCACGAUGCAAUUAACAAUAUCAGUGAUAAGGAAAUAAAAUAUGAGUUACAGUUAUUUGCCUUGCAAUUAAUGCAUUGUAAAAAUAUAUUCUCCGCAAAAGGACUUAACGUGAACGCUACGCUUCUCACUGCGCAAAUUAACGACAGUCUGGUGAAUCUGCGAAAACUGAUAGCGAACGGUGAGCCAUAUCUCUUGAGAGGAAAUUACAAGCAGAAAAAUCUACUACUACUAAUGCAACUCAAGGCUGUGAAAAAGCAGCAUUUGAAAAUCAGUGACACAGUACAGAUGUUGAAUACAAUUUUUUGUUUGCAUCUCCAAUUUACGACAAUUAUGUCUUUCAUUGAAAUCACUUUCAACGUGUACUUCUACUUAGUGCGGAAAGUACAAGGGGAUGUGUCUUUAUCUAAUGCGGAAAAGCAGAUGUAUUACGAAACCUUUAUUGUAGUUGGAACAUUUCACAUUGUAAAAUUAAUAUUGAUAGUAUGGGCUUGCGAAACCAGCAAGAAUCAAGCUGUAGAGAUCAACACCACUGUUCACGAUGCAUUUAAUAGCACCACCAAUGAGGAAAUAAAAUACGAGUUGCGGCUUUUUUCCUUGCAAUUAAUACAUCGCAAAAAUAUAUUCUCUGCAAAGGGUUUUAUUGUGGAUGCUUCGCUUCUCUCUACGAUGGUGGGUAGUAUUACAACUAUGCAGAGUGAUACAUACAAAAAGAUUCUCAUGGUAUACAUCAUUUUGUUGAUGUUUCAAAUUGAUAUGUUAUACAUGAAUUGUGUUUGCGUAUUAAAAGUUUGUUUCAAACAAAUCAACGACUAUCUAGCGAAUUUGCGAAAACUCAUGGCAAACGGUGAGCCAUAUCUCUUGAAAUGGGGAACCCAUCAUGAGCAGAAAAAUUCAUUCCUACUGAUGGAACUCAAGGCUGUAAAAAAGCAGCAUCUGGCAAUCUGUGACACAGUACAGAUGCUGAAUACAACCUUCUGUUUGCAACUCUUAUCUACGAUAAUUAUGGCCUUCAUCGAAAUCACUUUCAACAUGUACUUCUAUUUAGUGCGAAAAGUACAAGGGGAUACAUCUUUACUUUCUGAGCUGGAAAAACAGGUAUAUUAUGAAUCCUUUAUUGUAUUUGGGACACAUCACAUUAUGAAAAUAGUAUUGAUAGCAUGGGCUUGCGAAACCGGCAAGAAUCAAGCAAUAGAGAUAAAUACCACUGUUAACGACCUGCAUAACAGUACCAGCGAUGAGGAAAUAAAAUACGAGAUUAUACUAAAGCUCUCAUUGAGAUUGCCUCAGAAAUCGUAUCAAAAUCUAUCUAAAUUAAUCCACACCAAGGACAUUUUUGGAUUGCUUUAUAUAAUCGUGCAACUGUUGAGAUAUUACAUGUGGAUGCAAUUUAAUAUCAUACGCAAGAUUACCACACUAUACAUCGAUUUACUGGAGUUUGAAAUAAAUAUGCUAUACGUGAAUUGUGUUUGCGUAUUAAAAGCUUGUUUCAAACAAAUCAACGACAGUCUGGUGAAUCUUCGAGUAUUUAUGACAAAUGGUGAGCUAUAUCUUUCAAGGGGACCUUAUCAUGAACUGAAAAAUCCAUUUCUACUGAUGAAACUCAAGACUUUGAGAGAACAGCAUCUGGCACUCAGCGACACAGUGUACAUCGAGAGCUUUAUAAUAAUUUCAACAUAUUGCAUUAUGAAAUUACUGUUGAUAAUAUGGGCUUGUCAAACCGCCAAGAAUCAAGCCAUGGAGAUCAACACCACCGUUCUCGAUGUGUAUAAUUGCAUCAGCGAUAAGGAAAUAAAAUACGAGUUACAGUUAUUUUCUUUGCAAUUAAUGCAUCAUAAAAUUAUAUUCUCCACAACGGUAUUUAAUGUGGACGCUACGCUUUUCGUUACGAUAAUAGGUGAAGCUUGUUUCAAACAAAUCAACGACAGUCUGGUGAAUCUUCGGGAACUUAUGGCAAAUGGUGAGUUAUAUAUCUUAAGGGAAUCCUAUCAUAAAUUAAAAAAUCCAUUUCUACUGAUGGAACUCAAGGCUUUGAAAGAACAACAUCUGGCACUCAGCCACACAGUACAGAUAAUGAAAACGACCUUCAGUUUGCAACUCAUUUCUACGAUAAUUAUGACCUUCAUUGAGAUCACUCUAAAUUUAUAUUUUUACUUAACGCAAGUAAUUAAAGAAGCUGUAAAUAUGAGUUAUAUGGAGAAACAGCUCUACACCGAGAGUUUCAUAUUUUGUAUAAUAUAUGAAACUACAAAGCUGUUGUGUAUAAUAUGGGCUUGUCAAACCGCCAAGAAUCAAGCCAUGAACAUCAACACCACCGUUCUCGAGAUGUUUAACAGCAUCAACGAUAAGGAAAUAAAAUACGAGGCUGAUGUUAUACGCAAGAUUUUUCAUAUAUACGUGAUGUUGUUGGAUUUGCAAAUAGGUAUGCUAUAUGUAAAUUGUGUUUGCGUAUUAAAAGCUUGUUUCAAACAAAUCAACGACAAUCUGGUGAAUCUUCGAAGACUCACGGUAAAUGAUGAGUUAUAUCUCUUGAGGAAACCUUAUUAUGAACUAGAAAAUCCGUUACUACUGAUGGAACUUAAGGCUUUGAAACAGCAGCAUCUGGCACUCAGCGGCACAGUACACAUGAUGAAAACGACCUUCAGUUUACAUCUCAUUUCUACAAUAACUGGGACCUUUAUUGGGAUUACUCUCAAUUUAUAUUUUUACUUAAUGCAAGUAGUACAAGAAGCUGUGAUUAUGAGCAAUCACGAUAAACAGUUAUAUUCCGUGAGCCGCAUAACAAUUAUAAUAUAUGAAAUCAUAAAACUAUUGUUAAUCAUAUGGGCUUGUCAAACCGCCAAAGAUCAAUCCAUGAAGAUCAACACCACAGUCCUCGUCGUGUUUAACAGCAUCAGUGAUAAGGAAAUAAAAUACGAGAUGAUGGGUUUCAUUGUCACAUACCUAUUAAUUUUGAUACAAUUCAUGUUCAUGUCGGUUUCUUGCGAUGGAAAAACUUAA